UAUGUCUACGUAUCUGUAUCUUGUGGAGUCGUGUCUAUACCUAAGAGUAAUUUAACUAAAUACUUUCCCCGCCCAUUUUGAUUGCUAUUUAAAACUAUUUUAAAUUUCGUGCUCAGAUUUAAUUCUUAAAUAACAUUUAUAUGAAAAGAAAUUGCGUGCAAAGUCCAUGCCAGAGCAAUUCAUCGUAGUAGAUAUUUUUAGUGACAACCUACUUACUGUGAAUCCUAAAAUUAAUUUAGAAGCAUAGUAAAAUAAUGGUAAAGGCAGUAGUGAUUAUCACUGUAAGUGAUACCUGUUUUAAGAACCAUGCCAAGGAUGAAUCGGGACCAGCCUUGUUUCAACUUGUUAAGGAGCAGUUUCCAGAUGCAUACAUCCAUACAAUUAUUGUUCCCGAUGAAAAGGAAUUAAUUGAACGUGAGCUUAAGUACUUUUGUGAAUCAAACAUUGAUUUAAUUCUGACAACUGGUGGAACAGGCUUGAGUAGUAGAGAUGUAACCCCAGAAGCCACCAAAGCUGUUAUACAGAGGGAAGUUCCUGCAAUUCCAAUUGCUAUGACCUUAGAAAGUCUCAAAAAGACUCCUAUGGCAAUGUUAUCAAGAGCAACAGCGGGAAUAAGAGAUAGGACUUUGAUAAUUAAUUUCCCAGGAAGUAAAAAGGCAGUUGUUGAGUGUAUAGAAGUUGUAAAACCAGUUUUAUCUCAUGCUGUUUCAUUGUUAGCGAAUGAUCUUGUUGAAGUUAGAGCUGUUCAUGAUCAAAUGCAAAGUGGGUGCCCACAUAAAACUAGCAGAGUAGUUGUUAGUAAAGUGGCAUUAAGGCACAGAGAGUCACCAUACCCAAUGCUUGAAAUGACAGAGGCAUUUCAUAUGGUGGAUGCUGUUAUGAUGCACUGGACUGAGAGGGUAGAGGAUGUGCCUAUUGAUCAAAGUAUGGGCAAAGUGGCGGCACAGCAAAUAUUGGCUAAGGAACCAAUGCCACCAUUUCCAGCCUCUGUUAAGGAUGGCUACGCCUGUAUAAGUUGGGACGGGGUCGGUAUACGUAAAGUGCGUUCAGCUGUGACAGCUGGAGAUACGCCCGCUGCCCCGCUUGCAUCUGGAGAAUGCGCUCGUGUGAAUACAGGCGCGCCCAUACCUUCGGGAGCUGAUUGUGUGGUUCAGGUUGAGGAUACGAAACUGGUGAAGGCCACAGACGAUGCCGAGACAGAGCUGGAAGUAGAGAUUUUAGUAGUUCCCCAACCACAUCAAGAUGUGCGACCCAUAGGUUUUGACAUAUCGUUGGGUGCUGUGCUGUUGGAAAAAGGUGAUGUAAUCGAUGCAGCAAAGAUAGGAAUUUUGGCUGGCGCUGGUUAUCUUAAAGUGCCCGUAAGAUUUUGUCCUAGGGUUGCGAUAUUAUCAACAGGCAACGAGUUACAAGAACCAUUUGAGAAAACACUUCGUCCUUCCCACAUAAGAGAUUCUAAUAGGAUUAUGUUGAAAAUGCUUCUUAGAGAACACGGUUACGAGAGCAUAGACUGUGGUAUUGCCCGGGACGAGCCCGCAGAAUUAGCGUCUGCAAUCGCACGCGCAUUGGCCAAAUGCGAUAUACUUGUAUGUACGGGUGGCGUGUCUAUGGGUGAAAGGGAUCUGCUCAAACCUGUGCUUGCUAAUGAUUUCGGAGCGACGAUCCACUUUGGCCGCGUGCGCAUGAAACCGGGCAAGCCCAGCACGUUUGCUACAUGUGAUUAUGAAGGAAAAACCAAAUUCAUAUUUGCUCUGCCGGGAAAUCCAGUGUCAGCAUAUGUUUGCAGCUUAUUAUUCGUAGUGCGAGCACUACGUCAAUGUACUCGUUAUACGAGUGAGUUCGCCCGUAUGCGUGUACGUCUCGCGCGUGACGUCAAACUCGAUCCAAGACCUGAGUACGCACGUGCUGUUCUUCACUUCCCUGAUAAUGCGGAGUUACCUGUUGCUACUUUGCUAGGCAACCAGUGCAGUAGUAGACUACUUAGUGCUUCUGGAGCCAGUGUGUUACUUGAAUUACCAGGUGCUAGUGAAACUUGUAAAGCUUUACCAUCAGACUCAGUUGUAUCGGCACUUGUUACUGGAAGAAUUGACUUUAGCAGACCUGAGUUAUAUGGUAUGUGAAUGAUAACCUAAAGUUCUCAUUUCAUUGUUAUUACUUAAUUCUAUUAUUGCAGUGAAUCUAGAUUUAAAAAAAGUAGCUUAUAGCAUAUGUUAUAUUCAUUCAAAUGGUGAAUAAAGUUUUCUAAAAUUAUGACCAAAGAGAAUUAAAAUUAUAAUGUAUAUCUCAAAUCACCAUUGAUAUCAAGCAAAAGAAACAUCAUUUGCAUAUGUUCCUUAGAUUUUAUAUGUAACAUUAUUAUAUAUAUAUAUAACAUUAUAUACUGAUAA